AUGUUUGGAGUUCUCGUCAUCCUCACAACUUGCAUCGCCAGCUUCACAGGAGUUGGCGUCAAUGGCCACUUCAUCGUUGACACGCCAAGCGGAUGUGUCGAUGUUGCUGUCAAUCUUCCUUACGAAUUCUCGGCUGUUCAAGUCGACCAUAACCGCUACGAAUUUGACGGCAACCUUACCUGCUCCAACAUGAAUGUCGACAAUGACUACUUGGAAUGUUCGCUAACGCUUGACGCACUAAUACCCACGCCUCUUCGACUCCACGCUGACGUCAGAUGUUGUGGACGACUAGAUGAACAUUCAUGUGCCAAACAGUGGCACUUGCGACAACUUGUAGGUGUCACAGACCCAUCUGGUGGUUUCAUUGCAAAAGUGAGAGUGUGCGACGUCGAGAACAAGGUUUGGGUUGGAUUCUUCGUUGACCGGCUUCUCAGUUGGAGUCACCACGCCUUCGUCACUGCCUACUUCUCACAUGGUGGCAAAUGGGCCAACAUCAACAGAAAUUGCAUUCAGCCACAACUGUCUGGUCCGUUGGUAAUCAAAGCGGGUGGACGGGAUGAGGUGGAAAUCGUUUGUGCUCGUAAGAUGUACUGUCCAAUGGGACCAUACGCGUGUGUUUGUAUAGCGGCAACUGCUAAGCAUUUCAACAACGCCGCACUUCAAACUGCGGCUGCUCAAUGCGCUGCUUCUAAAAUCCAGAUUCCCAUCAUGACGUUAAUAAUGGACGGGAGCGGAACAGUAUGCAAUGAUUUCCAGGAACCUCGCUGCAUUGAAUCCUACCACGAGGAUAUGAAAAUAGUCAAGACAGUCUAUGCCAAACCCGGAGGAGACGACGUAUCCUACGUGUUUUGCUCUACCGGCGACUCUUUCCUCUCGUAUGCCAUUGAUUGGGCUAAUUCAGAUGGCGGCGAUGACGGCAUCUUCUUUGGUGCUGGUCUAGUUACUGAAAUAGCGUCUGCCUGCCUAAAAUCCUCUGGACUUCGAAGUCAUAACUCGCUAUAA